ACUCGAGGUCCAAGACGUCAAAUCUAAAGCAGCCGGUGAACGCGCACAGGCGGGGGGCGGCGCUAACUGCCUCGGGUACAACAGCAGCUUAGACGUUGGAAACCACACCGUCCUUGGCUCCGAGAUCCCCCGAUCCGCGACCCGGGAGACCCCAACCGCGGAGAGGAAGAGCGGGGCUGAGGGGCCUGGUGUUCCCGAGGCAACCGCGCGGGCCCCGAGAAAGGUCGGGAAAGAGAAAGGAACGGAGUAGAACAAUCCUGCACACUCACACUUCUGCUGGGCUCCUGGGGCUGCAAGAGGCGGGGAUGGGACGAUUCUCGGCCUCUUUUACCUCGUAGGGGCCUUCACCUCUGCCUGCCGGUCAGCAACCCAGCCACCGCCAUCUUGAAACCUCGCGCCCCUCCGCCAUCCUUACGUCACUUCCUAUACCUAAGGCCGAAGAUCUUAGCGUUUCUCCGCUCUGGUACCAUAGAGAGGAACCAAGAACUCCAGGACUAGAGUCUCUUCCGCUCCAAGUUUAUACCGAAUUGGUUGUUUGUCUGGCAAGAGCCCGCCCCCAUUGCGCAGAACCACGUUAAUUGACACUUCUUUAAACCAACAGAAAUAAGAAAAACGGAGCAAGUCGGAUAGGUGAUUGGCUGAUGAGAAGACUGCUUUUCCCUCUCGGACCGAGACUUUCUGACUUAAUUUCCUGGAGCUCCGUUAGUUGCGUGAGACUGGACGGUUCCAGUUAGAGGGGUGUUUUGCUAAGUUUUUGUCGGCUGGAAUUGUCUAAAGUCCUUUAUGAUGUCACUAUACCUAUAUACGGAUUAUCACUUAGGUCUAGUCUUUCGUCCUUUCCUGUCUAGCUGCUGUUUGUCGAAGACUCCUCCCCUUUUCCCUUUAAAGUUUCAGAUAUUAUCAUGAAGUGAAAACUCCACUUUCUGACUUUGAAUUCAGAAGAUCAUCAACUACAGUCCUAUUCAAAUAUUUAGUGCUGAAACAUUUUUCUUGGAGAAAUGUCUUCAGAAUCAGAAGAGGAUAGAGAGCGGCUCAUUCAAGCACAAAUGUUGUUCUUUCAUAUGCAAGAUCUUGCUUCCUUCACUAACAUACUCGUUGAAUUGUUUAACUGCAGUAUGAAUACUCAGAUCAACCACAUGACUGUGAAAGAAGAUGGUAAUAUUAAGGAUGUCUUUGAACAAACGUUCAGAAUUUUUAAGGAGAUGCAGUCUGUACUGGAGGCAAAGUCUGAGCAAAUGCAGGAGGAGCCUUUGCGUGCCCUGAUUGCGACAGCUGUUUGUUCCAUGGUUGAGAAGAGCCCCGACGUAAAGGAGUUGCAUCAGUCAGCUGAAGAAGUGUUCACAGAUGUCCGCACACAGGUCAUUUUCUCUCUGCUGACUAGUAGUAACAUCCUGAGGGGGUUAGAAUCUUCGGUCUCGCUCUUGAUGAAAUAUCCCAUCACGAAUCUUUGCUUAAAUGACCUCUAUAGAAAAGACACCAAAGAGCAAUCAGAUGCCACCUCAUCUGAGAAAAGCACAAGUCCAGGGCCACCCCAAAUCAGUACAAUAGACACCUUGAAGAAGUUGCAGGAUGUGCUAAAAACUGAGCAAGCCAAGAUACUCAAGUCCGCUGAAGAUCAGCUGGAGCAAGUUGUUAAAACUUUGCUACCAAUCUUAGAGGUCCUCCAAAAGCUCAUAAGCCCUUUGAAAACCAAGACACCUGUGCCUAAGAAGGCCAAGGACCAGUAGGCAUGCUCAUUUCUGUCAGAGAAUCAGUUCGAAUCCUGUGAAAAUUUCAAGUAUGUUCUAAGAUGUUUGAUGCCAGAAAUGUGUCAUUUUUGGACAUAAGUGCAAAAAAUAGUCACCCAAAAGACCAUUUACCUCAAAUUUUGCUUUAUUCAAAUAAAAAUAAUCAAAGAAAGCC